AUGGCGGAAGCCAUCGCUGGCUUAAGCUUUGCCGCAAACAUAUUGCAGAUGGUCGAGUAUGGGGGCGUCUUCGUCACGACCGCUUGGAAGAUAUACUCAUCGCAAGCAGAAUCGCAACUCGUCAAGGACUUUGAUCAACUGCAAUAUCUCACGGAGGACUUCAAGAACAUACUGGACUGUCUCGAACACAAUGAUUCGGUCAAUUCAUCUACUGAAUCCUUACCGGACAGAAAUCGCGACCUUCUCAAGCUUGCUGCGGAGUCCCGCAAAAUCUCUGAAGAGAUUUUGAACUCUUUGAAUAAGAUCGGGAAUCCAACUGUGUGGAGGGUCAAGAAGCAUAAGGCAAUCCAAGCGGCUUUCAAGUUGACCUGGAGUCAGGAUCAUGUUGCGGAGCUGCAGACAAAGCUGGACCGUGUAAGGAGUCAGUUGACACUCCACUUGGUGCAUUCUCUAAGAUCUGAUGCUGCCUCGUCUCAGGAGACACAGAAAAGAAUUCUUGGGAAGAUAGCUCAAGAUGCUGAGCAUCUAAGCAACCGAAUUGAUCGGGCCUUGGAUUUUGGUCUAGGUACUAUCUCCAUCGACUUCAUAACCCAUAAGCUGGGCAGUAUGCAAGCUGAAAAUGUCGGGGAGUCACUCAAGACAGCAAUACUGGGCGCUAUUUACGAGCCAGAGAGGCAUGGCAGUAUGACUGAUCCGAAAGCAUUCAAUAUACCCCUCCUGAGGAAACAGACACUCAAAGAAAAGCUGCUCUCGAAGCUGGCGUACCCAGAUAUGUUGGUUCGAGAACAAUCCAUCGUCAAGGCCCAUGAAAAAACGUUCCAAUGGAUUUUUCAACGCGAGAAGGAGCACGAUCGCCCGUGGGCAAGCUUCUGUCAGUGGCUCGAAGAAACAGAUAAGCAGCUGUACUGGAUCACUGGCAAGGCUGGAUCUGGCAAAUCGACUCUGAUGCGAUACAUCUCCCAACCGCUUGCGAGUGGCGAUGCCUCAAUCCACCUGGAAAACACGGCCGAACAGCCUAGAUGCUCACCUUUCCUUCGAAGAUGGGCCGGAAGUCAGCCACUUCUUAUUGCGUCUUUCUACUUCUGGGCAAUUGGUUCGCCGAUGCAAAGAUCAAGAGAGGGAAUGUUGCGCACACUGCUCCAUGAGCUCCUGAAACAAGCCGGGCCUGACAUGGUAGCAAGCGUGAUGCCCAAGAGCUGGGAAGCGCUUUGCUUAUUCGACGAGGAUCCAAGGGCUUAUUCAGAAGCUAUGCUACAGAAGAUGUUAUCUCGUGCCUUACAAUGCAUGAGCGCAAGCAAUCGAAUCUGCAUUUUUAUCGAUGGGCUGGACGAGUUUCAAGGCGAGCACGGUGACUUGAUUGGGAUGUUCAGGGCUGCCCUAGAUGCACAUCCCAUCAAACUAUGUAUUUCCAGUCGUCCGUGGCAGGUUUUCGAAGACGCCUUCCAGGAUAAGCCCAGCCUGAGGCUACAAGAUCUAACGCUCGCUGAUAUCAAGACAUAUAUCCAGUCGACACUACACCCAGACCCGGCUUUUGCACUGCUCAGAACUAUAGAGCCAUCUUUUGCGGAUAGUUUAGUGGACAGUAUUGCUACCAAAGCUGACGGGGUAUUUUUAUGGGUUCGUCUUGUUGUGGCUUCCUUGCAGAAGGGCAUCAAAGCUGGGGAUCGUAUAUCAGACUUGAAAAGACGACUCGACGAGCUUCCACCAGAUCUAGAGGGGUUGUAUGAACGAAUCCUUGAUGGUCUGGACCCCGAAUACUUGGAUCACGCUAUGCAGUACUUCCAACUGAUGGAAGCAAGCCUUUCAAUAUCACCGCCUAACAUCAUGGUUUUCUCCUAUGCAGACGAAGAGGACGAAGACUUUACGAUCAAUCUUCCUGCUUCACCUCUCGACAAAGAGAGAUUUGAAACCAUAGAAAAAGUGUUGAAGAAACGACUCAACAGUCGUUGCAUGGGACUGUUGGAGAUCGCAGAGCAACCGGCAGCAGACACAGAUGUAUUCGUACACGCAUCACGCUCUAUGGUCAAAUACCUCCACAAGACCGUUCGGGAUUACCUAGCUGGCGCCGGUGUCAAAGAAAGGUUGAGCGCCCGAGCAAAGCGAAGUUUUGGUCAAAGAUUUGAUCCACAUUUACGUCUCUGCUCGGCUCAACUGGGCUUCUGCAAGUCGAAUCCUAUACACAACAUGGCGAACUCUGAGUUUCAAGAACACAAUGUUGAGAUGUCGGAAGUGAUUGAAACCUUAUCAUCCUGUCUAUCCCAUGCUGCCAAAGUCCAGGGAACCGGUCUAUCAUCCAUGGUCCGCUUGAUAGACGCCCUGAACGCGGUAUUCUCAGAAGCCUUGGCCAAGGUGAGCCACCAUGCAGGCUGGUAUUCAGCAUCCAAAUCGUUCAGGAGAGAAGAGUCCGAUUUGAUGGAUAUAUUGAUAGCAUCUGAAGUAGUGCAUCAAGGAAGGGAACAGUUGUUCAGGUCCCUCGUCAUCCAACACAAUGUCGUGGAAUACGUCCGAGCCAAAACCCAACCCAUGCCUCAUCAGGCGCUUUCGCCUUCAAAGAGCGGCAAGAUGAAACUCCUCUUGCUCCCAAAACGAGUACUUUCCAGGAACCAUGGUAGACAUCCAUAUCACUAUGUGGGCGAAAUAUCAGAUCUCGACUGGCAGCUGCAUGACGCUGUGGUGACUGCCUCGCCCUGUUUGCCAAUGACGGAAAAUCGAUCUCUCUGGGAGAUCACCCUGGCUGUAUACAUGACCGCCUUUCACGCGGAGCCGCAAAUGGAAGUGGAACAAGUAUGGGAGCAGGUCGUGAGACUGAUGGUCAAGUAUGGGGCUCCGACUAGCAGAAGGUCCAUAAACAAGGCCCUUCAAAUUGUCAAAAAUUUGCAUUACACAGAGAAGUAUAGGAGUGAAGCUUUUGGUGCCACGAUAGAGGACAAUCUAAAGCGGAUGAAGGAGGAGGCCUAA